CAAUUUUAAAACCUUGUCCCCAUUUAUCGUUCCUUCUCUCAUAAUCGAUGAUACGUAGCUUCAAACUCGUUCACCUUUCCUCCCAAUCAUCUAUGAGUCCCCUAAUUGUGUAACGAGCAUCGAUAGGUGAAAAUGGUGGGAGUUGGGCGAAGACUACGACACUCGAAGAAUCACCGUGCACACGAUCAGUUCUUGUAUCGCCACGGUUACGGCGAAACUCUUCUGUCGCGAGAUGCUCGUGUCCAGGCAAAUGUACUUGUUCACCACACUGUUCCUCGGAGUUUUUGGUAUCAACAGGGAACCGCAAGGACCGAUCCAGGAAGCCAUCCAGAACGGUGUCGCGGCGCGAUACAACAAGGAAAAUUGCAUCUGGAGACGAGGGAAUGACAAAGAUUCGUGCCCCGAUCCGGACGUUCGAAUCUAUCUUUACACGAAUGACAGGCCGAGGCGAGAACUCGACUCGAGGGAGUCCGACUGGCUGCGUCAGGAUUACGAUCCAACGAAAGAAAAUGUUCUUCUUAUACACGGAUAUGCAGGUGGUGACGACACCCUGCCUAUAUCCGUUCUUCGCGACGCCUACAUCCGAAACGGCAGUUACAACGUGUUCCUGGUAGAUUGGGGUGCUCUUUGCGCCUCACCCUGUUACCCGGCAGCCGUAUCGAACCUUCGCCCAGUUGCCCGUUGCCUAGCAGUCAGCCUGACCACCUUACGAAACCUUGGUCUACCCAUCUCGAGGACAACCUGCGUGGGACACUCGUUAGGCGCCCACAUCUGCGGGAUUAUGGCGAACUUUCUACUGUUCAGGAUGCACAAAAUAAUCGGUUUAGACCCGGCCAGACCCCUCGUACGCCCCGGAUACGUGAACCGGUUGGACAGCGGCGACGCGGACUUCGUCCAAGUGAUCCACACGAACGCCGGUUAUUACGGGGAGGGUGGGCGCAUGGGGCACGUGGAUUUUUGCGUGAACGGUGGAAAAGUGCAACCAUUCUGCGAGAACAAGCCGAAUUAUCAACUGUGCAGUCACGUCUGGGUCGUUUGUUACAUGGCAGAGAGCAUCGACAACGGGGGCCAGAAUUCGAUGGCCGAGUCGUGCACGAGGAGGUGUCCUUCCGGGCCGAGGAUCGCUCUCAGAGCCGGUGAAUAUGUGACAAUGGGGCAGCACACACCGGUCGGAACCAGGGGCUCUUUUUGCUUCACCAACAAGCAUCCACCUUAUUGUCCUAAAUAUAGGAACGGGCGUGGUGACGAGAGAUGUUGCAUACCGGAGAACAAGCCUGCCACGUUCUAGUGACAACGAGAAAGUUAUUGUAAGUUAUUUGUAAAAGGGAUACAAUUCAAGAGUGUACAUAAAAUACGUAAAAUACUUAAUGAAUUAUUAAGUAUUCAUAGAUCGAUAUUUUCUUGUUUUGUCUAGAAAUAUUCGAGCAAUUUUAUUCGUACAAAUUUUAGAAUAUAAAGAAAUUUGAAUUUGUCAUUAGUGAGCAGAGGAACGUGUUUAUAAACGUGUUAUCAUUAUUAAAACAAUCAGAAUGUAAAUUCCUUAGCUAAACAAAUCAAAAAAAUAUGUACAAUAAUUUUUAGGAAUACCAGUUACAAAACGCUCGGUAUUUAUCAAGUGUAAAAUGAUUGUAUCACUCACGAUUAAAAGAUACACGAUAGCACGUUGUUCGUACUACGAAUUAAUUAAUAUUUAAAAAAACUGUGUGUGAAUGGUAUUCCUCGUUGCUUAAGCAUACAGGUGUCCGAGGACAAAUGGAUCUUCGUACGGUAUCGCGACGCGUGUAGUCCAAUUCCGGAACAUGAUUGCGUAUUCAGCCGCGGUACAUACCACCCGGAAAAAUCUUGCGUUCGUGAUCUACCGACCUAUCAAUCCCGUUAACCGCUCCACUGAACCUCCUAUAAAUGUAUUCAUGACAAUGUCCACCGAGCGGACAACUGUUUUGUCAAUCUUUGCUUGCGAUGCGCAACCGUUGUGCAACCGAUUGUUCCAAUGAUUUGCACGUUCGUGUAAUGUUCGUGUAAUGAUAAUUCUCUUGAUAAAGUUGCAUAACAAUCUAUCUAAUUUGUUGCUUCUAAUUGCGAAAAAGAAACGGCAGUUUCGAGAUCUUUCCAACAUUGCACACCUGCAAAUUAAGAAACAUUGUUAGAAGAAAUUAUCAAUGAAAAAUGUGUUCAUUUUUUUACCUUUUUGAAUUUUUUGUUAUUUAUUUCGACAGAGUUUGCUUCUUUCUAAUUGUUUCAUUAUUGGGAAAUUCUUCGUAUAGCUUUAGUUUAAAGAUCUUUUCUUUUUUAUCGUUUGUAAAUUAAUAUUUCAUUCUUGAUUUUUAUUAAAAGAUUCAAGAAUAAUGUGGUGAAUAAUGAAAAUCUUUCUUUAUAAGAAAUUAAUAUGUACUUACUCAUUGUACGAUAUUUAAUGUAACAUACGUGAGAAAUAAAUAAAACACAAAGCUGAAUA